CUGUCCAUAUUCUGAAUAGAGGGUCUCGUAAGAUAAGAAACCAUAGUAUUUUCUUUCUCAAGUGAAACCGAAUUUCAUAGAUUGUUUAGCUUUUCUGAAGAUGGAAGUUGCUGAUCAUGUGACCAAAGACAUCCAAAAGGAACAAGAUGAAAGAAGUAAGGAGACACCAAUUCAUGCUUGUGAAAUCUGUGGGAAGACUUUUGUUUUACUACCUUCCUUAAGGGUCCACAGAAGAACCCACUCCGAAAACCGCCCAUAUAAAUGUGAGGUUUGUGAUAAAGCCUUCAAACAGCUGUGUGCCCUCCAACGACACAACAGAAUUCACACUGGAGAAAUGUUAUAUAAAUGUGACUACUGCCAAAAAGAGUUUAAUGAUCAGUCGAGUAUCCAGAGGCACAUUAGAACACAUACAGGAGAACGGCCCUUUGUCUGUGACCUGUGUGGAAGGGCCUUCGUAGAGAACCAGCAGUUAAGACGGCAUGUACUCCGAAUACAUACAAAUGAACGCCCGUAUGUUUGUGAAACAUGCGGAGCCCGAUUUGCAGAGAAAGGAACACUGACCUGUCAUUUGUUGAUUCACACUGACGAGAAACCUCAUGCCUGUGAUAAAUGCGACAAGGCUUACCGAUCAUCUAGCCAUCUAAAACGACACAAAAUGUGGGCACACGAAGGAGUCAAACGUAUCCGCAAUCCUCUGAAUUUAACUUAUACCUGUGAGGUGUGCUUAAAAGACUUUCACGACAAAAAUGACUUCACAAGACACCAAGAACACACACGAAAGAAAAGCCUUACCAAUGUUCUGUGUGUUCAAAGUGGUUCAGUGUUCAGUCAAACCGGAACAAACAUAUGAGAUCAAUGCAUCCACAGGCAUCAGCUUAAUAAAUUAAACAAUUAAUUAUUUAAAAUCUUUAUUAUUCCUUCUUAUUUUCAUUAUGUAAGAUACAUCAGACAUUUAUCUAGAAUUCCAAUGAUGCUGUCUUUAGAUAAGUUCUAAUGUGAAUUAAACACAAAACACUGGACAGAGGUAAUUGUAGUUGGCACUUCUAUUCCCUCAUUUAAAGACUCUGUUUUGAAGUGUAGAUAUAUGGAUGUUCUGAUUGGUAAAUUAGCUGAAC